CAAUAAAAAUCAUCGACAAAUCUCAGCUAGAUUCUGUGAACCUGGAAAAAAUUUACCGGGAGGUACAGAUCAUGAAAAUGCUGGACCAUCCACAUAUUAUCAAGCUUUAUCAGGUGAUGGAGACCAAAAGCAUGCUGUACCUUGUGACAGAAUAUGCCAAAAAUGGAGAAAUAUUUGAUUACCUGGCCAAUCGGGGACGUUUGAGCGAGACGGAUGCCAGGCGCAAAUUCUGGCAGAUCCUCUCGGCUGUGGAAUAUUGUCACAGCCGGAAGAUCGUACACCGGGACCUCAAAGCGGAGAACCUCCUGCUUGAUAACAACAUGAAUAUUAAGAUAGCAGAUUUUGGGUUUGGAAACUUCUACAAAAGUGGUGAGCCUCUGACUACGUGGUGUGGAAGUCCACCUUACGCAGCUCCUGAGGUCUUUGAAGGCCAGCAGUACGAGGGGCCACAGCUGGACAUUUGGAGCAUGGGUGUUGUCCUUUACGUCUUAGUUUGUGGAGCUUUGCCUUUCGAUGGACCGACCCUCCCCAUCUUGAGGCAGCGAGUUUUGGAAGGAAGGUUCCGCAUCCCCUAUUUUAUGUCUGAAGAGUGCGAGCAUCUCAUCCGGAGGAUGCUGGUUCUGGAUCCAUCCAAGAGACUCAGCAUUGCCCAGAUUAAGGAUCACAAGUGGAUGCUAAUAGAGGUUCCGGUCCAAAGGCCCGCUCUCUAUUCCCAGGGGCAAGAGAACGGACCUUCCAUCGGAGAAUACAACGAGCAGGUCCUGCGGUUGAUGCACAGCCUGGGGAUUGACCAGCAAAAGACCAUUGAGUCCCUGCAGGAUAAGAGCUACAAUCACUUUGCUGCUAUCUAUUACCUGCUGGUAGAGAGGCUGAAGUCCCACCGCAGUAGCUUCCCCGUCGAUCAGCGGUUAGACUCUCGCCAGCGGCGACCCAGCACCAUCGCCGAACAGACAGUCGCCAAGGUAAUUGCUUCUGUGGCUCCUGUAAACUUGCACUCUCCAAACGUGAGGAUACGAAGGUCUCCUGGCCUCCCGCCAACAGUAGAAGCGUUCUCCUUCCCCAGAUCUGUCUGCCAGGUGGAAUCGACUUUCAUGGAAGAAGAGAGAGUCGACACGCCCAAAGUGAACGGCUGCCUGUUGGAUCCCGUUCCCCCGGUGAUGGUUCGGAAGGGGUGCCAGUCGCUCCCGACCAGCAUGAUGGAAACUUCCAUCGACGAAGGGAUAGAAGCGGAAGGGGAAGCGGAAGGGGAUCCCGCCCAGGCCUUCGCAGCGCUUCAAGGAUCUCGCAGUGGGAAGAGGCGACAUACCCUGGCCGAAGUGACCAACCCUCUCUUGGCCAUGCCAGGCCCAGGAAAAGUCUUCUCCAUGGAUGAGAACCAAUCCUUGGGCAGUGUUGACUCGGAAUAUGACAUGGGAUCUAUCCAGAGGGAUUUAAACUUCCUGGAAGACACCUCCUCCUUGAAGGAAAUGGUUCUGGCCAACCCACCAGCUCCGAGGAUGACCCCUCCUUUCAUUGGCCUGAGACCGCCUAAUCCAGCUAUGCAGGCAUUGGCUGCCCACAAACGGGAGAUCCACAAUCGUUCCCCGGUCAGCUUUCGGGAGGGGCGCAGAGCUUCGGACACAUCCCUGACGCAAGGAAUCGUAGCGUUCAGACAACACCUUCAGAACCUGGCCAGAACCAAAGGAAUCCUGGAGCUGAACAAAGUCCAGAUGUUGUAUGACCAGAUGAGGUCAGAAGAUGAACCUUCUCUGGAAUCCGCUUCUCCUCACUUGCCAGACUUUGAGGGUGGCUCCCAGCAGGAAGAGGCGUCCUCGCCACAGGAGGCGGCUUCCACCUUCCCCAGCAGCCUCCAUCCCCCGUUGCUCGCCAGGCGCCAGAGCUUAGAAACGCAGUAUUUGCAGCACCGGCUUCAGAAGCCCAGCCUGCUUUCGAAAGCCCAGCACGUGUGCCAGGUGUUUUGCAAGGAGAUACCUCGGAGCCUGGAACAGCAGCUGCAGGAGCACAGGCUGUAUCAGAAGCACCUCUUUCUCCAGAAGCAAUCCCAGCUGCAGACUUACUUCAACCAGAUGCAGAUCGCCGAGAGCACCUACUCCAGAUCCGGCCAGCUGCCCCUCCCUUGCCAUGAGGAUCCCCCUCCUCUUCCUCCCCCCCAGUUCAGCCUGGUGCAGGCCUUGAGCCCCGUCAUGGAGCCUCCGUCUGCCGAAGACAUGCAAUACGACCCUUUCCUCGGCCAGUAUCAGAAGCUCCAUCUUGACCAUCAACCUCCUCCCGCCCUCCACGGCUCCUCCCAGGUUCCCCUGCCAGCACCCUCCCAGCCACAGUAUUCCUACCAGACUUGCGAAGGGCCAGUUGGCCUCUGCCCUGACCUGAACUAUGCCGGCCAGCCUCAGUAUCCCCUGGACCCCAGCCAGCAGAGUGGUAUAGCCAUGGGCAACGUCCAGAGGGCCUCAGAUCCUCCUGGCUCUCAGUCCAGCUACGACACCUUAAACCUUGCCCAGUUGCCGGGGCUCUUGGAUUGCGAAAUGAUGGAGACGGUGGAUCCCCAACACGGAGGCUACGUCUUGGUGAACUAG